AUGAUCGCACCCUUUAACGAUCUUUGCCGAAACUACAUAAAUCUCGCGCCGUGCACGAUUUGCACGUUCGUCCAUCCAACGUGUAACGAUAUAUCGGUAGCAAGAUAGUUUCUGUCAUUUUUCUUUCUAUUUAGACGCGAUUAGAAUUUAUAUACUAAUAUGGACGAUAUUAUAUAAUGUGGACGAAUAUCUGUGUGAUUGGCAUUCUGUCUGUGAUUGGAAUUAGUGCACAUUCUGUUUCCGAUGAAGUUUUGCCAUGGUCCUUGGGAAAAGCCCUGCACGCGAAGAAACUCCCGUAUGCGUACCAUGAAUCGUAUAAUUGCAAAAAUGUAGGCCAUUUCCCCGAUGUCCACGACUGCAAGCGAUUUUAUCAUUGUAACAGCUUCUUUGGACUACUUUUUGUUCAAAAUGUUUUCGAGUGCGAGAAUAAUCUGGUAUUCUCGAUCAGCACAGAAACCUGUGUAACACCCGAACAGAGUGGCAGAUCGGAAUGCAGCGAAAGAGUUGCACCACCUGCAGAAAGGAACCCACAACCGUCGGCUUCGCUUCAGAAACCACCAAACCAGGAAACUAAAGCAGCAACUCCAAAACCAAAACUGAAACUGAAAGCAAAAUUAAAACCAACACCGACACCGAAACCACAAUCACAAACUUCUAGAAAACCGUUGAAGAAGACUGCUAUACCACCGUCCCCACAACAGUCGCCGUCAUCUUCACCGCCAUCUCCAAAACCGCAACCGCUGGAUCCAUUAAUUUCCCAACCGCCACAGGAUCCUCUAACCCCAGCUGAACUGCAACCGAAAGACGAGUCAAAACCGGGGCCGAAACCAGAAACAUCAUUGCUCAGUGUCACUGAACCGCUCGCACAAUGGCAUCAAGCUCCAAAACCCAACUCUGCAAUUUUGAGACCCAACGGCACAGCUCUGGAACUCAAUGCCACAACUGUGAAACCCACUGUCAGAACUUUAGAAUCCAUCACCAUAACUUUGGAACCCAAACGCCUAACACCGGAACCUAUUGCCACAACUUUGGAAUCAAUCGCCAAAACUUUGAAACCUACCACUACGAUUUUAAAACCCAACAUCACAGAACACACAGCUCAAAAAGUUUUGCAAAUUAACAAAUCUAUGGUCGGAAUUUCGAAUCCAAACAUCACAAAAGACAUACCGAAACAAACUCCUGAAAUCGAGAAACCUGUCAUUCCUGAUAUGAAACCAAACGUGACUAAAGGGCUAUUUGGACAAGAUUCUAAAACUGUGGAAGCCGUCGGCGUAAUGUCGCAACCCAACGUCACAGAAAGCAUAUCUGAACAAGUUUCUGAAACCGAGGGAUCUGUCGUCGGAACUUCCAAACCCAACAUCACAGAGCGUAUAAGUGAACAAAACCCUGAACUCGAUAAACCUGUCAUCGCAACUUCAACACCUACAAUCAUAGAGAGCAUAUCUGAACAAAUUCCUGAAAGCGAGAAACUCGUCAUUUCAGAUAUGAAACCCAACAUCACGAAAGGGCUAUUUGGACAAAGUUCUGAAACUGUGAAAUCUGCCGUCAGAACUUCGACGCCUAUCAUUACAGACGAGCUACUUACUGAAGUAAUUACUGAAAUUGAAGAACAUACCACCGGGACUUCGAAAUUGAACGUUACAGAGAGCGUAUCUGAACAAAUUCCGGAAAUUGAGCAACUUGUCGAUAAAACUUCGAAGCCCAACAUUACACAGGGCAUACCUAAACACAUUCUUGAAAUUGAGGAAGCCGUCGACGAAACUUCGCAACCUAACAUCACAGAGGCCAUAACUGAACAAUUUCCAGAAUCUAAGAAAGCCGACGAUGGAACUACGAUUCCCAACAUCACAGAGGGAGUAUCUGAAAAAAUUCCUAAAAUUGAGGAAGCCGUCGACGGAAAUUCGCAACCUAACAUUACAGAGAGAAUAUCUGAAAAAAUUCCUGAAAUUGAGAAAGCCGUCGAAGGAAAUUCGCAAUCUAACAUCGCAGAUGCCAUAACUGAACAAAUUCCUGAAUCUAAGAAAGCCGACAACGGAACUACGAUUCCCAACAUCACAGAGGGAAUAUCUGAAAAAUUUCCUGAAAUUAAGGAAACCGUCGACGGGAAUUCGCAACCUAACAUCACAAAGGGCAUAACUGAACAAAUUCCUGAAUCUAAGAAAGCCGACGACGGAACUUCGAUUCCCAACAUCACAGAGGGAGUAUCUGAAAAACUUCCUGAAAUUGAGGAAGCCGUCGACGGGAAUUCGCAACCUAACAUCACGGCGGGCAUAUCUGAACAUGUGCCUCAAUCUAAGGAAGCCGCCCAUGAAACUUCGAUGCCCAACAUCACAGAUGGAAUGUCUGAAAAAAUUCCUGAAAUGGAGGAAGCUAUCGAUGGAACUUCGGAGCCCAACAUCAUAGAAGGGCUAAUUGGAGAAAUUGUUGGAUCGGAGAAACCUGUAGUCGGAACUUCGAACCCCAACAUCACAGAGGGAAUAUCUGAACAGAGUCAUCAAUCUAAAGAAGCCACACCUGAAACAUUAAUCCCCAACAUCCCAGAGGGAGUAUCUGAAAAAAUUCCUGAAAUUGAAGAAACUGUCAAUGGAACUUUAGCACCUGACAUCACAGGGGGUAUAUCUAUACAGACUCCUCAAUCUAAAGAAACCGUCGACGGAACUUCGAACCCCAACAUCACAGAUGGAAUAUCUGAACAGACUCCUCAAUCAAAAGAUGCCGCCCAUGAAACUUCGAUACCCAACAUCACAGAGAGAAUAUCUGAAAAAAUUCCUGAAAUGGAGGAAGCUGUCGAUGGAACUUCGGAGCCCAACAUCAUAGAAGGGCUAUUUGGAGAAAUUGUUGGAUCGGAGAAACCUGUAGUCGGAACUUCGAAACUCAACAUCACAGAGGGAAUAUCUGAAAAAGUUCCUGAAUAUGAGGAAGCUGUCGAUGGAACUUUAGCACCUAACAUCACAGAGGGCAUAUUUGAACAGACUCCUCAAUCUAAAGAAGCCGACCACGAAACUUCGAUGCCCAACAUCACAGAGAGAAUAUCUGAAAAAAUUCCUGAAAUGGAGGAAGCUGUCGGUGGAACUUCGGAGCCCAACAUCAUAGAAGGGCUAUUUGGAGAUAUUGUUGGAUCGGAGAAACCUGUAGUCGGAACUUCGAAACCCAACAUCACAGAGGGAAUAUCUGAAAAAGUUCCUGAAUAUGAGGAAGCUGUCGAUGGAACUUUAGCACCUAACGUCACAGAGGGCAUAUUUGAACAGACUCCUCAAUCUAAAGAAGCCGCCGAGGAAACUUCAAUCCCCAACAUCACAGAUGGGAUAUCUGAAAAAAUUGCUGAAAUUGAGGAAACUGUCAAUGGAACUUUAGCACCUGACAUCACAGAGGGCAUAUCUGAACAGACUCCUCAACCUAAAGAUGCCGACCACGAAACUUCGAACCCCAACAUCACAGAGGGAAUAUCGGAACAGACUUCUCAAUCUAAAGAUGCCGCCCAGGGAACUUCAAUCCCCAACAUCCCGGAGGAAAUAUCUGAAAAAAUUCCUGAAAUUGAGGGAUCUGUCAAUGGAACUUUAGCACCUGACAUCACAGGGGACAUAUCUAUACAGACUCCUCAAUCUAAAGAAGCCAUCGAAGGAACUUCGAACCCCAACAUCACAAAUGGAAUAUCUGAACAGACUCCUCAAUCUAAAGAUGCCGCCCAUGAAACUUCGAUACCCAACAUCACAGAUGGAAUAUCUCAAAAAAUUCCUGAAAUGGAGGAAACUGUCCAUGGAACUUCGGAGCCCAACAUCAUAGAAGGGCUAUUUGGAGAAAUUGUUGGGUCGGAGAAACCUGUAGUCGGAACUUCGAAGCCCAACAUUACAGAGGGUAUAUCUGAAAAAAUUCCUGAAAUUGAGAAAGCUGUCGAUGGAACUUUAGAACCUAACAUCACAGAGGGUAUAUCUGAACAGGCCCCUCAAUCUAAAAAAGCCGCCCAGGAAUCUUCGAUCCCCAACAGCCCGGAGGGAAUAUCUGAAAAAAUUUCUGAAAUUGGGGAAGCUGUAGAUGGAACUUCGCAAUCCAACAUCAUAGAAGGGCUAUUUGGAGAAACUGUUGGAUCGGAGAAACCUGUAGUCGGAACUUCGAAGCCCAACAACACAGGGGGAAUAUCUGAAAAUAUUCCUGAAUAUGAGGAAGCUGUCGAUGGAACUUUAGCACCUAACAUCAUAGAGGGCAUAUCUGAACAGACUCCUCAAUCUAAAGAAGCCGAGCACGAAACUUCGAUGCCCAACAUCACAGAGAGAAUAUCUGAAAAAAUUCCUGAAAUGGAGAAAGCUGUCGAUGGAACUUCGGAGCACAACAUCAUAGAAGGGCUAUUUGGAGAAAUUGUUGGAUCGGAGAAACCUGUAAUCGGAACUUCGAAGCCCAACAUCACGGUGGGAAUGUCUGAAAAAGUUCCUGAAUAUGAGGAAGCUGUCGAUGGAACUUUAGCACCUAAAAUCACAGAGGACAUAUCUGAACAGACUCCUCAAUCUAAAGAAGCCGACCACGGAACUUCGAUGCCGAACAUCACAGAGAGAAUAUCUGAAAAAAUUCCUGAACUGGAGAAAGCUGUCGAUGGAACUUCGGAGCACAACAUCAUAGAAGGGCUAUUUGGAGAAAUUGUUGGAUCGGAGAAACCUGUAGUCGGAACUUCGAAGCCCAACAUCACAGAGGGCAUAUCUGAACAGACUCCUCAAUCUAAAGAAGCCGCCGAGGAAACUUCAAUCCCCAACAUCACAGAGGGAAUAUCUGGACAGACUCCUCAAUCUAAAGAUGCCGUCCAGGGAACUUCAUUUCCCAACAUCGCAGAUGGAAUAUCUGAAAAAAUUCCUGAAAUUGAGGAAACUGUCAAUAAAACUUUAGCACCUCACAUCACAGAGGGUAUAUCUGAACAGACUCCUCAAUCUAAAGAUACCGACCACGAAAUUUCGAACCCCAACAUCACAGAGGGAAUAUCUGAACAGACUCCUCAAUCUAAAGAUGCCGCCCAAGGAACUUCAAUCCCCAACAUCGCAGAUGAAAUAUCUGAAAAAAUUCCUGAAAUUGAGGAAACUGUCAAUGAAACUUUAGCACCUGACAUCACAGAGGGAAUAUCGGAACAGACUCCUCAAUCUAAAGAUGCCGCCCAGGGAACUUCAAUCCCCAACAUCGCAGAUGAAAUAUCUGAAAAAAUUCCUGAAAUUGAGGAAACUGUCAAUGAAACUUUAGCACCUGACAUCACAGAGGGAAUAUCGGAACAGACUCCUCAAUCUAAAGAUGCCGCCCAGGGAACUUCAAUCCCCAACAUCUCGGAGGGAAUAUCAGAAAAAAUUCCUGAAAUUGAGAAAGCUGCCGAUGGAACUUUAGCACCUGACAUCACAGGGGGAAUAUCUAAACAGGCUCCUCAAUCUAAAGAAGCCGUCGGCGGGACUUCGAACCCCAACAUCACAGAGGGAAUAUCUGGAGAAGUUCCUAAAAUUGAGGAAGUCGUUGACGGAACUUCAAAACCCAACAUUACAGAAGGCAUAUCUGAACAAAUUCCUGAAAUGGCAGAGCCUGUCAUUGAAACUUUGCAACACACAGGAGUACUACAUGAUGAUGUUGCUGAAGCGGGGAGAGAGAAUCCUUCUAAUUAUACUGACGAUCAACAUACCACGAAUGUUGUGUUAUCGAUAACUCCGGUUUCCUUGUCCAAGGGAAUCAACGAACAACAAAAUUGUGUCAAAGAGGGAUUCUUCCCUGAUUCCGAGGAUUGUUCGAAAUUUUAUAGAUGCGUACUAUACGGAGAUUCCUUGGUUAGGUACCAGUUCUCUUGUCCCGUUGGAACGUUUUGGGACGAUCAGCUGGAUACUUGCAAUUUCCCAAAGAGAAUUAAGUCAAAGGGUUUAUGUAAACGCCGGAUAUACGGUGCACCGCUAGUACCUGAAUUUUCAAAGUUCAAAAUUGAAGACAGUCCUGAUAUUGGCAAUCUAAGCGUAGAUAGGUUCUGUAUCAUUUGUCCAAGUGGUUUUCGGCGACAUCCGAAAUAUUGCAAUAUAUUUUAUCAGUGUGUUAAUAACGGCGAUAUGAUGGUGAAUAUCAUGCUGUUUGCGUGUCCAAGAGGCUCCGUCUUCGACGAGGAAAAAUUGUUGUGCUCAUCAGGAACAGACGAUUGCGCGAAAUUUUCACUUCAAAAGCUGCCUGAUUCGAUUACAAUCAUGAACCGCUUAAAUGAGGUAUUAUGUACAAGCGAGGGUCGGUUCCCAUAUGAAAAACCUUGUUCGAGCAAAUAUUUCAAAUGUAUACGUAACGAACAUGGAGCACUCGAAGGAUAUCUACUAGAUUGUCCGUCGAAAUAUGCGUACUCACCAGUUUCGGGUAAUUGCGUACCUUCAGAGACAUAUCCAUAUUGCGCGAACUAUUAUCAAAUUAACGAUAAUAUUGAAUCUUAA